GUUGUUAGGUUAUGUUCACCAUAGAUCGAAUAUUAGAAUGUUUCUAUAAAUAAGCUAAGACUAUUAGAACAGUUUACACGUUCACAUAACUGUAUACUCGGUAUAUUUUUACUGCAUCUAUCCAGCCUGCAGCCAGCUGCUACUAGCUACAACUCUCAUCCAACCAUGGCAGUAAAAAAACCUUUGAAGCUUCGAAUUUCCAGCCUCAUCACUUACCUCCGAUCAUGCAAUUCCAAACCCACCACCAUCUCCGCCGUUAAUUUCCCCGUCAGUAAACCUCCUUCUAAUUCACACACCCACCACUCUUCCUCCGCCUUCAAGCGUCACCUUGCCUCGUCCGCCGGCUGCCGUCCAACGCCCCUCUCCGGCGGAGACUACCCCCCUGCAUCACGGCAGCCGCAAGAGUUCAUCUGGAGGAAAGAGGAGAAAUGGCACGUGGUGUUUCCUCCGCCGUCAACGGCGGGAAAAAAGAAACGCCGACCAAGAAAGAAGAAACCAACCGCCGCAGCCGCCGCGAUAAUGCUCCGACCAAGCACGUCGUCCUCGGAAGAGGAGACAGAAACUCUGUUCUCUUCUUCCAGAACAUUCUCGACGGAUUCUUCGGGAAGGUCCAAAAACCGGCGCUCCACCUCAAGACGGAGAUUAUCGUCGGCGUCAUCGUCGGAGAGCGAGAUGCCGGCGGCGAGGCUAUCGGCGUUCAAGAAGCUGAUUCCGUGCACCGUGGACGGGAAAGUGAAGGAGAGCUUCGCCGUGCUGAAGAAGUCGCGGGACCCACAGGGCGAUUUCAAGAGAUCGAUGAUGGAGAUGAUCGUGGAGAAGGAAUUGUUCGAGAAGAAGGAGCUGGAACAGCUUUUGGAGUGUUUUCUGUCGCUGAACGGGAGGCAGUACCAUGGGUUUAUUGUCGGAGCUUUCUCGGAGAUUUGGGAAGAUCUGUUUUGCUGAUUACCGAACAACGUUGAUUGUUCCGGUCCCCGGACGGUCGUCUGUUUGGUCAGAUCAGUGUUCCUAGCUAUGGAAGAUUAGAUAUUUAGAUAUAGCUCUAGCCUGUGUAAAGAUCGAUCUACGUUCAUGGUCAUCAUAUCAUUUCUACUGCAC